AUGUAUGCGAUGUUUACUAGUGGAGAGGGUGCUCAGUACUUGCGUGUUCCGCCCGACCCGGGCAUUCUGACCAGUGAGGCUGCCGCUCUAGGUGCUAGUGAGGCUGCCACUGCAGGUACUCGCGUGUCUGCCACCUCAGGUGAUGGUGAGGCUGUCGCUCUAGGUGCUAGUGAGUCUGUCUCCCCUGGUACUGAGUCGACUGAGGCACUGCACACCUUCACCCUGGACUCAGGUGCUUCUCGCUGUUUCUUUCGUGACCGCACUGCCCUUGAGCCACUCGCUCGGCCAGUUGCUGUCUCCCUCGCUGACCCCUCUGGGGGUCCGGUCAUUGCGACCUCCUCCACUGUUCUUCCCUGUCCUGCGGUCCCGUCUGGCACACUGUCUGGUCUCCACCUUCCCUCGUUCUCUACGAACUUGGUGGCGGGCUGUGCGCUCCAGGACGCGGGUGUUCACCAGUUCACCCCUGCCUACGAGCGCGUGACACACUGCACGUGUGCUCGGACGGGCCGUCACCUGGCUACCUUCACUCGGCAGCCGAGGUCGGACCUGUACACACUGACCACUGAGUCCCCUCAGGUAGCUGCGUCCGCGUCUGCGUCAGGUCAGCUGUCGGCCCCCUGCUCGUGUCGCUCUCUGGCGCACGACACCGUCCUCUGGCACCACCGACUUGGCCACCCGUCUGUGCAGCGCCUUCGUGCCAUGCACAAACGGCAGCUUGUCUCUGGUCUUCCCAGGGUGCUCCCUCCCCUCCCACCCUCGCCGGCUCCUCCCUGUCUUCCCUGUGUCGAGGGGCGGCAGCGCGCCGCUCCUCACUCCUCCUCCUUUCCCCCGACGACUGCUCCCUUGCAGACGCUUCACCUGGACGUGUGGGGCCCAGCCCGCGUCCGUGGUCAAGGUCAGGAGAGGUACUUCCUGAUUGUUGUUGACGACUUCUCGUGCUACACCACGGUCUUCCCCUUGCGCACCAAGGGUGAGGUCCCUGCUGUCUUGAUCCCUUGGAUCCGCAGAGCUCGUCUCCAGCUCAGCGAGCGUUUUCGCUCGGACUUUCCUGUCCUGCGUUUGCACUCUGACAGAGGUGGUGAGUUCUCCUCCGACCUCUUGGUAGCCUACUGUGCGGAGCACGGCAUUGAGCAGUCGUUCACGCUUCCGGCCUCUCCACAGCAGAAUGGGGUUGCUGAGCGCCGCAUUGGCUUGGUCAUGGAGGUCGCUCGUACCUCCCUGAUCCAUGCGGCUGCCCCCCACUUUCUGUGGCCGUUUGCGGUCCGAUACGCUGCGCAUCAGCUCAACCUCUGGCCCCGUGUCUCCUUGCCGGAGACUUCCCCGACACUGCGUUGGACGGGAGAGGUUGGCGAUGCGUCGCGUUUUCGGGUCUGGGGAUCCCGAGCUUUUGUUCGCGACACGUCCGCGGACAAGCUCUCCCGUCGCGCUGUUCCCUGUAUCUUCCUUGGCUUUGUCCCGGACGCGCCUGGUUGGCAGUUUUACCACGUCACCUCGCGCCGGGUUCUGCCUUCUCAGGACGUCACUUUUGACGAGUCCGUCCCCUACUACCGCCUCUUCCCCUACCGCACUGCCCCGCUCCCCCCUCCGCCUCUCUUCCUCGCGCCAGGUGCUGCUGUGGUAGACCCCCUCCCCCCUCAGGGUGCCGCUCCCUCAGGUGUGUCCCAGGUAGACCCGGUUGAGCCUGUCGAGGUAGCUGUCGAGUCUCGUCCUGCUAGGGGAGCUGAGCCUGCGCGUGAGGAGCCUGGGGGUGCUGAGCCUGGGGGUGUUGAGCCUGGGGGUGCUGAGCCUGGGGUUGCUGAGCCUGGGGGUGCUGAGACUGGGGGUGCUGAGUCUGGGGGUGCUGAGUCUGGGGGUGCUGAGUCUGGAGGUACUGGGCCUGAGCGUGCUACACCUGGAGGAGCCCUCUCCUCACAGCAGCUGCAGGAGAGGUACUUACAGUACUGCAGCCUCCGGAGAGGUGCUGCUGGAGCUGGUACCGGUACUUCCCCUCCUACCCGGGAGCUCCCCUCCCUUCAGCAGAUCCGAGAGUGGUACACGCGGCGCUGCAGUCUUCGGAGUGGAGCUCCUGGUGCUGCGGACCCUGGAGGUGGAGCUGCUGCUGGUGCUGAGGACCCAGGCGGUGGAGCUGCUGCUGGUGCUGAGGACCCGGGCGGUGGAGCUGCUGCUGGUGCUGAGGACCCGGGCGGUGGAGCCGCUGCUGGUGCUGAGGACCCGGGCGGUGGAGCUGCUGCUGGUGCUGAGGACCCGGGCGGUGGAGCUGCUGCUGGUGCUGAGGACCCGAGCAGUGGAGCUGCUGCUGGUGCUGAGGACCCGGGCGGUGGAGCUGCUGCUGGUGCUGAGGACCCGAGCGGUGGAGCUGCUGCUGGUGCUGAGGACCCGGGCGGUGGAGCUGCUGCUGGUGCUGAGGACCCGAGCAGUGGAGCUGCUGCUGGUGCUGAGGACCCGAGCGGUGGAGCUGCUGCUGGUACUGAGGACCCUGCCGCUGGUGUCUCUACUGGUUCUGGAGACGCUGCGCGGCCGCGACCGUACUUCGUACCACUCCUUCAGCAGGUUCUUGGACAGGCUCCUCCUCCUUGUCCUCCUCCCUCCGUAGAGUGUCCUCCGCCUGUCCAGUCACCGUCACAGUUACCGCCUGCCUCGCCUCUCCCUGGUCCCUCUCCUUACACUGGUCCCACAGGAGGUCUUACAGAGCGUCGUGAGCCUGAGUCUCGUCCCACGUCUCCUGUUCGUCCUGCUCGCACUGGUCGUCGUGUCCCACGUGAGCGUCCUCCUCCUGUCCCUGGCACUCACUACAUGACCCUGCGUCCCUCCACUGCUCCUCAGCGUGUCCCGCUGCCGUCUCCUCCUGCGUCCUCUCUACCUACUCUUCCUGACCCGGAGUCUGACUUCCGUCGUGCUGCCAGUCCCACUGUCACGCGUCUCCUCGCCACUGUUGUCACUGACCCUACCUUUGAGUCCUCUGCUGCGUCUGCUCUGGUCGCUGAGUUGGUUGACUUUGCUGCUCGGUGUCGCCUAGACUACGCCGCUAGCCUUGUUGCUGAGUUUGAGUCUGUCUGUCCUCCGUCCGUCGGGGGUGAGUGUGCUCUUGGCACGGACGUCCUUGAGGACAGACAGGAGGAGUUCCAGUGCUUUGCUACUGCUUUGCCCCAUCUCGUGUCCAUGCUAGUUGCCCCUGAGGGAGACCCGGAUGCACCAGACAUCCCGACCCCGUGCUCUUACGCUGAGGCGAUGGCGGGUCCCUACUCCUCUCAGUGGCAGACAGCCAUGGACGCAGAGAUGGCUUCCUGGAAGUCCACAGGCACCUACGUCGACGAGGUUCCCCCACCUGGGGCGAACAUCGUCAGUGGCAUGUGGAUUUUCAGGGUGAAGCGGCCGCCGGGUUCUCCUCCUGUCUUCAAGGCGCGCUACGUUGCUCGAGGCUUCAGUCAGCGAGAGGGAGUUGUCUUCUUCCAGACCUUCUCCCCCACCCCGAAGAUGACCACUCUUCGGGUGCUGCUGCACAUAGCCGCUCAGCGCGACUACGAGCUUCACUCUCUUGACUUCAGUACUGCUUUCUUGCAGGGCAGCCUGCACGAGGAGAUCUGGCUGCGCCGCCCUCCUGGCUUCACUGGGUCGUUUCCUCCUGGUACCCAGUGGAGGCUCCAGCGGCCGGUCUACGGUCUCCGCCAGGCACCACGUGAGUGGCACGACACACUGAGGAUGACACUUGCGGCUCUUGGGUUCGCUCCCUCUACUGCUGACCCGUCGCUGUUUCUACGCACCGACACUUCUCUGCCGCCGUUCUACAUCCUCGCGUACGUCGACGACUUGGUCUUUGCCACUGCUGACACUGCGGGACUCGCCUACGUGAAGUCGGAGCUGCAGAGGAGACACACGUGCACAGACCUGGGUGAGCUGACAAGCUAUCUUGGCUUGCGGAUCACCCGGGACAGAGCACGGCGCACCAUCACUUUGACUCAGUCACACAUGGUGCAGCAGAUUCUUCAGCGCUUCCGCUUCACGUACUCCUCGCCCCAGUCCACUCCUCUGCCUACCGGUCACUCGCUCUCAGCUCUGCCUUCGGAUGAGUCCGUAGAGCCGAGUGGCCCGUAUCCAGAGCUUGUGGGCUGCCUCAUGUACCUGAUGACCUGCACUCGACCUGACCUUGCAUACCCUCUUAGCAUCCUUGCACGCUAUGUCGCUCCUGGCCGUCACAGGAAGGAGCACAUGGAUGCCGCUAAGAGGGUGUUGCGCUACUUGUGCAGUACGUCGGGCAUGGGGCUAGUGCUUGGAGGGCGAGACCGAGUUGUACUCACUGGACACUCAGACGCUUCUUGGGCGGACGACCAGGCUACUCAGCGGUCGUCUCAGGGUUACACUUUCAGCCUUGGCUCUGGCUCAGUUUCUUGGCGUUCUACACGCUCUUCUUCUGUUCUCAGCUCCAGUUGUGAGGCUGAGAUCUACGCCACAGCCAUGGCUGCCCAGGAGCUACGCUGGCUGACCUACCUGCUGACCGACUUGGGAGAGCGGCCUCGUUCUCCUCCAGUGCUGUACGUCGACAACCAGGCUGCCAUUGCCUUGUGUGAGGAGCACAGACUGGAGCACAGAACGAAGCACAUCGCCCUGCGGUACUUCCUUGCUCGUGAGCUGCAGCAGCGCGGUCAGCUUUGUAUUCGCUACGUGGCCACUGAGGCCAACACUGCUGAUGUGUUCACCAAGGCGCUUCAGCCUCGUGACCAUCAGCGCUUCUGCACUCUACUGGGCCUUGUGCCUACUGGACCUCACUUACUUACCUCUUGA